AUGGUGGAGGCGUGGCGGAUCUUCUCUGUUGCGGGUCCAGUCCUGGUGGCUGCGAUUGGGCACCUGGUAUCGGGCACCGUGAGGGAGGGGUACAUGGAUGAGAUCUUCCACAUUCCUCAAACACAGCGCUACUGUGCUGGGGAGUUUUGGGCCUGGGAUCCCAAGAUCACCACCCUUCCAGGCUUUCACCUCCUUGGGGCAGCCUGGGGCAGUUCCUUGGGCUAUUUUCUGGGGUCAUUGGGUAUUCUUUCAGAGGAAGGCCCAUGCAGUACCACCCUUCUCAGGGCAAUGAACUCGGCACUGCUCAUUGCCAAUGCUCGCCUUCUUUACCUUAUCCAUGCCAAGGUGCAAACACAUAACCACAAAGGGGCCCAAAAGGAUGAACACCACUCUUUCCUGCUCUCGAUGUGCCUCACAUUUUUCCCGCUCCACUUCUUCUACGGUUUUCUCUACUACACUGACGUUCCCUCACUCACCUUCAUCCUUGCCUGCCUGUUGGCCACCCUCCACAGCAGGCACUGGCUCGCUGGGCUGGCGGGCGCCAGUGCGGUAGCUGUCAGGCAAACGAAUGUUGUGUGGGUCUCGUUCAUACUGUAUGUGGGCAUCCUGGAUCGCCUGAGAUGCGGACAGGGUGAACUGGGACUGGCCCCACUGGUAGAGCUUGCCAAGCACGCCUGCCGGCAGAAAUGGAUGCUGCUCCAGGUGUUCUUCCCUCUGCUGCUUGUGCCCAGCUGUUUUGUCCUUUUCGUUGUGAUCAAUGGAGGCAUCGUGGUGGGCGACCGGGACGCCCACAAGCCUGUGCUCCACUUGGCGCAGUUGGGAUACUUCUUCCUGUUUGCAGUGGGCGGACUGUCCCCGGCGCUGCUGGACUGGAGAAAGUUGCACGGCGGCCUACGGAGGCUCGUCUCCAGCACUAUGAUGUGUCGGCUUGCGCUUGGUGUGGUGCUGUCUGUGGUGUGCACAACCCUUGUGCGAGGGACAUUCGCCCAUCCGUACUUGCUGGCAGACAAUCGGCAUUACACCUUCUACCUGUGGAGGCGGGUGCUGCAGUAUGUGCAUGUGCGGAUGGCACUUGUGCCGGUCUGUGGUCUUGGCAUGCUGUUGCUGCUGGAAAGCCUGCUGGAGCGGUGUUCACCCCUGUGGGUGGUUGGGUACUUGGGAUGCACAGCCGCAACACUGGUACCUGCAGGGCUGCUGGAAUUUAGGUACUUUGUGGUGCCCUUCAUUCUGGCAGCCCUGCAUAUGCCCAGCCCGAGUCGCGGCAGCAUUUUCGCCCUGGCGUCCCUCUUCAUCGCCGUGGAUGCUGCCACACUUUACAUGUUUUUGUACCGUCCAUUCUAUUGGCCGGAUGGGAGCACAGCCAGGUUCAUGUGGUAA